AUGAAGCUCCGGCGCCUGUUCGCCAAGGCGCCGGCCGCGCACGCGUGCCACUUUUGCGGGCAGACCUCAGUGCUCGUGCCGCCGUACGGCGACGGCGACGCGCAGCUUGCGCGUGCCCAGGACCGCGCAGCGCGCGUCUCGAGCGGGACGCCUGCGCGCUGGUUCUGCUCUGCGUGCGGCAGCUGGAACCACCGCGGGGCGGACGGCGAGGUGCUCGACGUGUGGGAGCGUGCCAUGUGGGAUGUAGGCGCCAACGAAAGCGCGUUUGCGACGCCGUCCAAGGUCCACGAGGAGGACCAUGUGUUCUGCCGCGACUGCCUGACGAACCAGACGAUCGUCACGAACCUGCUCGCCAACUACCUCUCCGGCGACGAGGCGGCAGACGAGGGGCUGCUCGCGACACUCCCAGAGUACAAGCGCUCGCUCGAGGCGCGGUACCCGAUUGCAUGCGAGGCGUGUGCACAAAAAGCCAACGCACGCAUCGCAUCCGUCGACCAGCGCGUGCAGCAGCAGCUGCUCGGGUCGUGGGUCGAGCGCCAUGCGGCGCCGCGCGACGUGCACGACGAGGCUGCCGCCUUCCAGGCCGCGGUCCGGCGCUGGCAUUGGCAGCAGCGGCACUGGGCGCUCGUCCAGGCGAGCGGCCUCGGCCUCGGUCUGUACAUGGCGCAGCACAGCACGCCGGACGUGGUUGUCGCUGCGCUGUGCCUCGGCGCAUUGAUGCCGACAACGUACGACCCCAUGUGGCGCCGCGCGGAAGCGAUCCGCCGUCGCAACGCACACCCCGUCGAGCAUGGCCUGGUGGUGUGGAAGCAUACCCAGCAGGCGCUCUGGAACAUCCGCUUCGGUCUCGUCCUCUGUGUCUUGACGCCGGUUGUUCCAUGGAUUUAUGUAGGAAGCGUUGCUGUGCUGCUGCAGGCCAUGCUCGUCCUGCAUGCGCUUGCGCGCCGCCGCGUCACGUCGCCCGAGCCUGUGCGCCUCGUGUCGCGCGAGGUGACGACGCCGCGCAAAGAGGCCGUCGGCACGGACCCCCUUGCGGCCAUGUCGCUCGGCGCGACGCGUGCCGCGCCGCCGCUCGAUGCGCUCCUCGAGCCCGUGCCGAGCGCAGGCGAGGCCAUGGACAUUGAAGACGAUACCCCCCCCACGCUGCGCUUCGGACCGCAGCGCUUCCCUACUGCACCGAGCGGGCUCGAGGACCUGUUUGAAGAGCGCCUUGCGCUCGAACCGCGCACCGAGCUCCGCGAGCCUGCGUGGCACUGGACGACGUCCAAUCUCCCCCUGGUCGCCGUGCUGCUGCUAGGCGUGGUGCUUGGUCUCGUACUUCGUAAUGACUAG